GGAGCGAUCAACAAAGCCAAGGUGAUCUGAUGACUUACUGGUGUUUUGGCCUCAUCUUCUCAAACAAACUGUUGCUCUCUUCCUUCAUAUAUAUUUUCCACUCUCUCCUAAUUCUUCCCCAAACCUUAUACUCCCAUUCAGUGCCGGCGGCGGCCACCACCGAAGCACAGCUGUUAACGGAGGCUAAAUAGUUCUUUUUUGAUCCCAAUGUCGCUCAUAGACACCACACCUUCUACUCCGGGCAAGUUCAAAUCCGAGAAAUGUACACCCUACUCGGCUCACCCGUUCUAUCGUAACCUUCGCUUCCAGUCAUCUCUCUUGAAAUUAACCGUAUGGUCUUCGAGUUUUCUUGGUCUCAUCCUCCUCUUCUUCCUCAUCUCUUCUCCUCCAUCUUCCCAUCACCAUGGCCGCCGCUCUACUGAAAUCGACGUGGGAACUAAGUGGGAGACUAAGGUCCGUACAUCUGCGGAAACCCGCGCACGCGCUGACGGUGGUAAGCCACUAAGAGUUCUUGUCACUGGUGCGGCAGGAUUUGUGGGGACACAUGUUGCCCUUGCACUCAAGCUACGGGGAGAUGGCGUUGUAGGGCUUGAUUCCUUCAACCACUACUACGACCCUGAACUGAAAAUAGCGCGACAGAAGUUUCUGGCAAAUGCAGGCGUUUGUGUGAUUGAAGGAGAUAUAAACGAUGAAAAGCUUCUCAAGAGGCUCUUCGAUGUGGUGCAUUUCACUCACGUUGUGCAUUUGGCCGCGCAAGCCGGUGUCCGGUACGCAAUGGAGAAUCCGGGUUCGUAUGUGAAAAGCAAUGUUGCUGGGUUUGUGAAUUUGCUUGAGGUGUGUAAGUCUGCGGAUCCCCAGCCAGCGAUUGUGUGGGCUUCUUCGAGCUCAGUAUAUGGUACUAAUACUAAGGUGCCCUUCUCGGAGAAGGACCGUACUGAUCAUCCCGCGAGUUUAUACGCGGCCACAAAGAAAGCCGGAGAGGCAAUUGCACAUACUUAUAAUCAUAUUUAUGGCCUUUCAAUUACUGGGUUGCGAUUUUUUACUGUUUAUGGACCUUGGGGAAGGCCAGAUAUGGCUUAUUUCUUUUUCACAAAAGAUAUUUUGAAGGGAAAGGAGAUAACCAUCUACGAAACUUCCCGUGGGGAGAGUGUGGCCAGGGAUUUCACCUACAUUGAUGAUGUAGUGAAGGGUUGUUUGGCGGCAUUGGAUACGGCAAAUAAGAGUACUGGGAGCGGGGGGAAGAAGAGGGGUCCAGCACAGUUGAGGAUUUUCAAUUUGGGGAAUACUAAACCAGUGCCAGUUAGUAGGCUUGUGAGCAUAUUGGAGGAGCAUUUAAAGGUGAAUGCUAGGAAGAAGGUGCUGCCAUUGCCAAGUAAUGGGGAUGUGGAGUUCACUCACGCCAAUAUAAGUUUGGCACAGACAGAGCUUGGUUAUAGGCCCACGAUUGAUCUGGAGACGGGGAUGAAGCAGUUUGUCUGGUGGUACCUCAAUUAUUACGACCGUUCUAGGAAAAACUAGUGUUCAUGGUAUGAUACACACGGUACUGUCAUGCAUGGAGGAAUUGGUUUAUUCAUUGAUUAGCAUAACCCUGCAGAACAUAUCCAACUUGUAUCAAAAGAGGCAUAGAAGGCUCUAAUUUUCCACAUGUUGCUUCUUUAUUUCAUUUUUAGGAUCUUAUCACUAGUCUAGGUUUUGUACAGCAAGUGGUUGAUGGAUCACAAAGAUUUGCUGAUUGUGAACCUUUUUUAUUUAUCAUGAAGCUAUCUUAAUAAAUUA